GUGACACCCGGUCGCGUGUAAUCAUCGAUUAGAGAUCGAUAUGAUUAUAAUCCGUCGAAGUAAUCCCUGCGAAAGUUUGCCGUUUACAAGCGGAUUAACUUUACAAGUGCGAAGAUUUUAAUAAAAAUCGACACAGCCAUGCAGCGCUGGUUAGUGAAGUUGGGCAGAGCCAGCUUGAUGAUGGCCAACAACGAGAAGAGCAACACGCCCAUGCUGGGCGCCCACAUUCCAUUCGACCAAAACUCUGUAGAGGUGGUAAAAGCCUUCAACUCUCGAUGGUACAUCUUGGCCGUCUACGUCUACUAUGCGACCAUCAGCUGCUUCCAAUGGGUCGAAUACUCCAUAGUGACCAACAUAGUGAUGCACUACUAUCAAGUCAGCUUGAGCGCCGUCGACUGGACCGGUGUCAUGUUCAUGAUCGUGUGGCCGAUCUUCGUAUUUCCCUCUUCAUUCCUCAUCGACAAGCUGGGGCUACGUUUCGCAGCCUUAGCAGGAUGUUUUCUCACCGCUCUCGGCGCCACCAUCAAGCUGUUCUCUAUCGAUCAGGGUGCGUUUUCAGUGGUUCUGAUUGGACAGGCCAUUGUUUCCCUUUCUCAGGUCUUCAUCCUUAGUCUGCCUCCCAAGCUGGCCGUCACAUGGUUCAAACCAAAUGAGGUAUCCACUGUGUGCUCCAUCGGGGUGUUUGGGAUGCAGCUGGGGUGCGCCUUGGGCUUUCUAGUGCCUCCCAUGGUAGUCAAAGACGUUGAAGAUCUGCAGGAAAUCGCCCUAAGCCUAAAGCGCCUCUGCUGGGCGCUUGCCAUUGCCAUCAUUCCAGCUUGCCUUGCAGUUGUUUUAUACUUUCCCCACAUGCCCAAAUACCCCCCUAGUAUGGCCCAGGCAGAAGAGCGCAGAAAAGUGCAGGUGGUCACUAUGAAAACCUUCCUACAAUCUCUUAAAGAUCUACUGACGAACAUGGGCUUUUUGGUGCACAUGCUCGGGUACAGCAUCAGUUUUGGGAUCUUUUCGGCCUUUGGCACUCUUCUGAAUCACUUUGUACUGAGCUAUUUUCCGGGCGCCACUGAAGAUGCGGGCCGCAUGGGCCUAGUGAUGAUUCUAUUUGGCAUGACUGGCGGCUUCCUAGUGGGCAUUGUUCUGGAUAAAACCCACAAGUACAAGGAAACCAAUCUACUUAUCUACAUAGGCACCGCCAUCUGCCUGGGGGCAUUGGUGGUUUGCCUGAAGAUCCAGGCAAAACUGCUUGCUUAUCUCACUAUAGCCAUUUUCGGUUUCUUCCUCAACGCCUACAUCCCGGCAGGCAUCGAGUUUGCUUCUGAACUCACCUAUCCUACCAAUGAAAGCACGACAACAGGCCUGCUUACUGCGGCCUCUCAAACUCUCGGCGUGAUCUUCACACUUGCUCUGAGUGAAGUUAACCAGAGCUGGGGCACCAUCUGGUCGCUUUUGAUCCAGAUCGGGCUCUUGGUGAUUGGGUGCGUCCUUACCGCUCUUGUCCCCAACAACCUGCGCAGGCAGGAAGCCUUUAAUAAAGGCGGUAAUCCUGUAGAGUUUGUCGCUGUGUCUCAAGAGGAGAGUCUGCCUAUCAAAGGCUGACUUGACUGCUGAUCUUUUGGGAGACUUUGUCACGUUGACAACCCCAUUCGAGUGAUUAGGGUUAGGUAGUUUACUCUUUGUAUAUUUGUGAAUAAACUGUUAAAAGCC